AUGACCCAAGCCAUAGCAAAUAAAAAGGCUGAUUCAAACAAAAAUAAUGAUUUCCUGAAUAUUAUGCUGAAGACUCAGGAUGUUGAGGACGAAGACAAAAGACUCUCAAAUGAAGUGAUUUUGGCAAAUGCAAUCAUAUUUAUCCUUGCUGGAUAUGACACAGUCUCUACUACGAUUAGCUGGGCUGCUUAUGAAAUGGCUCUUCACCAGGACAUCCAAGAAAAGGUUUAUGAAGAGGUUAUGGAAGUCACAGAUGGUGAGGAGGAAAUAACUUAUGAGAUGUUACAAAAGUUGACCUACUUAGAAAGUGUGAUUGAAGAAAGUCAAAGAUUAUUCCCAUCUGCACCCAGGUUGGAGCGCCAAUGUACUGAGACUAUUACGAUUGAAGGAAUAACAAUUCCAAAGGAUGCCAUAGUAACAAUCCCUGUGUAUGGAAUACACCAUGAUGCUGAUAUAUACCCCGACCCAGAAAAAUUCAUCCCUGAAAGAUUCUCGGCAGAAGAAAAGGCUAAGCGCAACCCAUAUUUCUUUCAACCAUUUGGACUUGGCCCCAGGUCUUGCAUUGCAAUGCGAUUGGCCCAGGUUGAGGUGAAAUUGUGUCUCGCCAAAAUUAUACAGAAAUUAAGGCUUCUACCCAGUGAGAAGACAGAGGAUCCAGUAACGCUUAUCAAGACUGGUCAGAUGCAUGCAAAGAAUGGCAUAUACCUGAAGGUUCAGAGACGUUAAAGUAAUGAAUCAAAAGACAUGUGAAUGUGUAUAUGUUGCAAGACAUUCUGAUCACAUUUCUUCUACCUUGUAAAUACUGAUUCUUUUGUAAUAAAUCUUUAUAUUUGCCACGAUGUAAACCAUGAAAACACAAAUUGUUGAGCAAUCAAUGACAUAGUACUUAAUGCCUUUUCACAUUUAAGUAUUGAAAUAGAGAUAGAUAAAAUUGCAAUGACAAUUAAUUUCUAAUAAUUUACACAAAUAGCUUGGCAUUACACUUUGACCAAUCAGAUCUCAGUAUUACCAAAAUGGGUUUGUAAAAAAGGUAAAGAUGUUUCCAAAAAGGUGUACAUGCAAGUGUUUAGGCUGGUUUCUCUAAACUGGGUCCUGUAUAAUCCUUCCAAAAAUAGUAAAAAAUCUAAUAAAUUUUUACUUCAAGUUAUUGUACUUUUUAAACCAAAUGACAUACAAUUAAACUAUAAUUGAUUGUUACCUGCUGUAUAUGUAGUAUCAUGAAAUGAAAUAAAAACUACAUGUAUAAAUACAAAG